UGUGAGUGGUAGAGCAAGAGAGAGAGAGAGCAUGAGAGAGAAAGAGAAGGAGGGAGGGCAAGUGAGGGCUGAAGAGACUGAGAAUGGAUUGGCAAUAAGAAACCGUGCGAGCGAGAGAGAAAGAGUGAGCGUGUGUGUGCUCAGAGUCAGCAGCGAAGACACAGAAAGUCCACAAGCUCACAUCAACAAGAGAGCGUGCGAGGCAGAGCUGACCGCCGGCAACUCCGAAGAGUGGCACACAGAGAGGAAGGAGACACAGGGAGAGACAGAGAAGAAGAAGAAUCAACAGAAGAAGAGAAGGACUGAAGACAGACUACCAGCUUUCCACUGGUUUUGCCCUCUCCACUCCCCAGUCAUGAUCCCUUGGGUCCUUCUGCUCCUGUGGAUCUCCGGACAUGGGGCAGAGGCCAUGUUUUCCCAGCAGCCACAGGACCUGGUGGUAGUGGCGGGCCAGCCUGUGACACUACCAUGCACCAUCCCCGGUUACCAUGGUGUUGUCCUGUGGAUCAAAGAUGGCCUGGCACUGGGCGUUGGCAGAGACCUCUCUGGCUAUCCUCGUUACACAGUGACUGGCGACCACGGUUCAGGAGAACAUCAUUUGCAAAUUCAGCGUGCCGAGCUGAUGGAUGACGCUGUGUUUGAGUGCCAGGCUGUCCAGGCUGCCAUGAGGUCUCGUCCUGCCCGUCUCACUGUGCUCGUUCCCCCAGAGGACCCAGUCAUCAGUGGAGGGCCGGUGGUGAGCCUGAGGGCUGGUGACCCACUCAAUCUCACCUGCCAUGCAGACAACGCCAAGCCAGCAGCCUCAAUCAUCUGGAUCCGCAAUGGAGAGGUUCUUAAUGGGGCCAUGUACUCCAAGGUAAGCAUAGAGACCUUGCUCCGGGAUGGUAGGAGAGAAAGCACUGUGAGCACGCUCUACCUAUCGCCUUCCAACAUCGAGACAGGUCAGCAGAUCAUCUGCAAGGCCUCCAACAAGGCAGUCCCCAACGGCAAGGAGACCAGCGUCACAAUUGACAUCCAGCAUCUCCCUCUUGUCAAUCUCUCAGUGGAGCCUCAGCCUGUUCUGGAGGGCAACCUUGUGAAAUUCCACUGCUCUGCAAAGGCCAACCCUCCUGUCACACUCUACAGGUGGGCCAAAGGGGGAAGCAUAAUCAAGGAGGUCUCUGGAGACACGUAUGAGGUUAUUGUGGACCACUCCUUCUUUACAGAGCCUGUCUCCUGUGAGGUUACCAACCCUCUUGGCAGCACCAACAUCAGCCGCAACGUUGACGUCUACUUUGGUCCUCGCAUGUCUGCGGAGCCUCAGUCCUUGCAGGUGGAUCUUGGAUCUGACGCUGUGUUCAACUGCGCCUGGACAGGAAAUCCCUCUCUUACUAUAGUGUGGAUGAAGCGGGGAUCUGGAGUGGUUCUUAGCAAUGAGAACCUCCUGACACUGAAAUCCGUGAGACAGGAGGAUGCUGGGAAAUACGUCUGCAGGGCUGUGGUCCCGCGUGUAGGAGCAGGGGAGAAGGAGGUUUCUCUCACCGUCAAUGGGCCACCUACUAUCUCCAGUACACAGACUCAGCAAGCUUUACAUGGAGAAAAAGGACAAAUAAAAUGUUUCAUUCGAAGUACACCUCCUCCAGACCGGAUUGCCUGGUCAUGGAAGGAAACUGUGUUGGAGUCUGGAACAUCUGGCCGCUACACCGUGGAGACCGUCACCACAGAAGAAGGAGUAAUCUCCACACUGACAAUGAGUAACAUUGUCCCAGCUGACUUCCAGACCAUCUAUAACUGCACAGCAUGGAACAGCUUUGGCUCUGACACCGAGAUCAUACGCUUGAAGGAACAAGGUGGGAGCCAAGAGUCUCUCCCAGUGGCAGUGAUCAUCGGCAUUGCCGUGGGAGCUUUUGUGGCCCUCAUCGUCCUCAUGGGCACCAUCGGAGCAUUCUGUUGCACCCGCUCCCAGAGAAAGGAAGCGCACCUGGUUAUGCCCUCACUGCCCGUCUCCAUCUGUGCUCACCAGAGAGAACUUGCAAGCAAAAUUAAGACAGAAAAUCUAAAAGGAGUCGUGUCUGCAAAAAACGACAUCCGGGUGGAGAUUGUACACAAAGACCACAAUGCCGCACGUGAAAACGAAGAACACACUUCCAUGAAACAACUGAUGGUGAGUGUUGAACGAGGAGAGUUCCAGCAGGAGUCGGUUCUGAAGCAACUGGAGGUAUUACAAGAGGAAGAGAAGGAGUAUCAGCACAUUAAGGACCCUACAAAUGGCUACUACAGUGUCAAUACCUUUAAGGAACACCACACGCCUACCAUGGCAGGGAAUCAGUCCACUGAGGUGAGGAACCCCACCAACACAGGUACCCUGGGCAAGCAGCGGGUGCCGACGGGCAUGUCCUUCACCAACAUCUACUCAACUCUGGGAGCAGGUCCAAACCGCCUUUAUGACUACAGCCAACGCUUCGUGCUGGGCAUGGGCAGCAGCUCCAUCGAGCUGUGUGAGCGGGAAUUCCAGCGUGGCUCACUCAGCGACUCCAGCUCUUUUAUCGACACGCAGUGUGACAGCAGCGUCAGCAGCUACAGUAAGCCGGACGGCUACGUGCAGUUCGACAAAGACAGCAAGGCAUCAGCCUCCUCCUCCUCCCAUUAUUCCCAGUCCUCCUCGCAGAACUCAGACCUCACUCGGCCGCUCCAGAAGCGCAUGCAGACCCACGUCUGACCACAGGGAGGGAGGGUGUUUGAACGGGGUGUAACAAGCAGCCAGGAUUGUAAAACUCGAAUCAGCUCCCAGGAGCCCCUAAAGUAACACUGUUACCUGGAAAUGCAGGGGCUGGUUGGCUUUAACACACUGUGUGACUUGUUCAGACUUCUCAGUGUCCCAAAAAGUGGAUCAAGAAGCCUUAUAUUACCUUCAUGCUUAACCGAUCAACCACCUCCUUUUUUAACCCAUAAUCAGAAUUGUGCCACAGAGAGGUUAAUUGCCAACACAGAGACAACUCAAGUUUGGAAUCUGAACUUUCGAUACUUGGUUUUUGCUGUGGGAUUGUUAGCGGAGGGCAGGAAUACCACAAAGGCUUUGUGUGACAAUCAGCUCCCCUGGCAAAGACCAUUUUUGCCUUUUGAAGAUUGUCAUUCAUAAAACCUCAGCACGAAUGGCACGAUAGUGCGAGCCAAUAUCCUGCUGCUCUCUUGUAGUUUGAAGCACAAAAAUGAAUGUGCAUGUGGUUUUUAUUUGUUAAAGCGAUAACUCUUCCCCUCCCCCCGCCUUCCUCUCAAACACUGUAUGUUAAGCUUUCUUGUUGAAACUGGGCUCCUGUGUAGGUGGAAGAAAAGUUUCUCCAUGUGCCCACAGACGUCUCAAAAUUUUAAAAGAACGGCUGUUGUUCUCUCCGCAGCAGUAUCUGGGCCACAGAGCUGGGCAGAUAAAGAGGGGCUGAGAUCUCAUUUUAAAUCCCUGAGUCUUUAUUUUACUGUGACACUCUGUGAUCAAGAAUAUCAGUGUACAUACGUGACUGUCAUUUAUUUUCUAGAAUCUAAUUUCUGACUCUAUUUUUCCUCAAGGAGGACUCUAAAUGAGACAUGAGCGCCUCUUCUUGUCCAUAUCUACUUUGCCCUGAGGGUAUGUUUGAACUGUGUCAAUACAAACUUUGACUAAGCGAGAUAGACGUACACUAUCAGCUCUUCUGUUGAUGGAGAGCUGGAUCCUCCAUGGUGUUACUGCACCAAAUCCAGCUCCAAGGCAUGCAGCAAGAGAGCCCACAAGUGCAACAUGUGUUGUACUUGUGAGUUUCUCCUGCUAAAGCCUCAGAUCAUCAGCCAUACAUUUGAGGGUACCUGUUCUAUGAAAUGUAAACAAAUUUUAGCAGAGCUUCUUAUUGUGUGGUUAUCCCAUUGCUAUUGUCAAUAUCACUGUUGACACUGGAGAUUAGUGCAUCCUGACUGCAUACCUACCUGUGAUCGUGCUGGUCAUCAAGGGACAUGAAAAGCAGAUUUAGAAAAUGUGUUUUAUUUUGCUGUUUGCUGUUCAUUUUUGGCUACUGUGGAGCUGAUGGUGGUGCCUGACUCUUGUCAGGUGCGUCGUUUUAUUUUGUUCUGUCCUGCCCUGUAUGUGACAUCUAUGAAAUUGGAUUUAUUAUUUAAUCACAGACACUUUAUGUGUUUUAGUUGAGAGUAGAGACAGAGAGUAGUGAUUUAACUUGAAGCUACACAAACAUUCAAUUCAAAGUGAGCCUGUUGUCAAGGGUGUCAUGCAUUGUGCAUGUUUUGUGGCAGAACAAAGCAAUGACUGGGGUGUUUUUCUUUUGUUGCAGCAACAAACACUGGGAAUCUUAAUGCAUAUUUGUGCAUAGUGCAGAUACUGUACAGCAAUUGGGAUUUUUUUUCUUUAUUCUAACCUGGAUUUCACCACACAGCACUCUAUAUGUCAAGUAUUUUGACUUCUAAAUAAGAUGUAAACCAAACAAAGUCUGUGAUAAAAACUGGCUGUCUCCAUAAUCCAUGUUAUUGCUUGAAGGGCAGCCCUUUACAGUAAACAUGGAUCAUUUCAGUUACAGCCACAGUGACAUCAUGCAUUACAUCACAUUUGAUUUUAGCCAUCAGCCAUGGUUUAUAGAAUCAGAUUGUGUUUGUUAUUUGAUCAAUUCUUUGAAGGGUAAAGAGGAGUUCCAGGAAACAGGCAGAUUGGUGUAAAACAGUGCUGAUAACUGUAGCUUGCUAGUGUCAGUGUCCCUUCUGUUUUGUCAAAUCAACAAAAUGUGACAGAAAGUAUGUUAAGUUGCAACAUAUCUUAUCUAAUUAAGUAGUUUUUAGAAUACUCCAUAGUGAAGCAGUCAAUUGGGAUAAAGUGAGUCUGAAACUAAGACUUCUGCCUCUAAACCCAUGAAAAACCGAGCACAGCAUUUCCAACAAAAGCAAGUUGUUGUUGUAAGCACUUUACAUAUGAUUAUAUUCAAAGCAUUUGAAUGGGGUUUUCCACUUGAGUGGCAGUGGUUUGGACUAAUUUUACAAAUGGAUUGGCGCCCAUUGUACAGCUUAAGACAAAAAGCUCUGUUUCAAUGCUGAUAAUCCAGCUUGGCACUUAGCAGACUGUAUAUAAAUCUCUAAUGCUGUCUUUCUCUGUAUAUAAUUUUUCCUGGCUUUUCAUUCUUUGUCAGUCAGAUUUCAUUAUAUUAGAGCUCAACAAAUCCACAUGGCAUCAAAACUGUACGACAAUCAUUUUUACUUUGUUUCCCUUCCAAAAAUUUCAUCAACCUUACUUGUUUCUCACAAAUUACAUGAAAGGCUUGUAGGAGUAGUUUCUCUUCCCCCAGAUCUCACGGGGAAAACUCACACUCUGUACACGAGCACACAGGAGGCUAUAGGAUGAGAAUCUGAGCUUAGCUGGGACAGCUUUGAAGUGAGAUGCAGUAAGAGGUUAUUAUACCUUCAGCCCUUCUGAGAGAUGCCCAGAUGCCCAGAAAUAUAUUGCAUUUGGCACCAUGAUGACUGUCAAGUAAGCCUGUGCCCUUUUUAUUUAUUUUUCUCAACAUUUAUGAGUGCAAGAUUGAAUUCUUAACUUAAUAUUGGCAGCAAUUACAAUGUGAUCUAGUUGCAUGGGACAAGUUACAGUUUUCAUUUAUGCGUUUCAUUUAUUUUACAUCCACAGCAGCAAAAUUUUUCACUCUUCAAAACUCACCUAUACAUUCAGCAUGUCUCUCCCUAUAAACAAAACAAAUUUGCUUUCUUGUCCAAAGGGUCCAGUUUUACUUAUCUGAUGCAGCUCCCGCAUUGAUCGGAAAAUAAUGCAUUUUCCCAGUCCAGAGAAUCUGCACACUGCACAGCAAACAGAUAAAUAUUUGAUAGGCCAGCCUUCUGUCCCAUCCCCCCCGUGGUAGCAGCUACAGUGGCCAUAAGAGCACCACAGGAUGUGAGUGCCAUGUCAGUCUUUGAGAAUCAAAGCCCAUGUGGGGACAAAGUCUGCCCUGCUCACCUGCGGACGCCUCUCCGGCUGGUGCUGGCGGCGCCUUUUUGCCUGGCUACGAGCACCGCACAGAUGCCAGGGCAUAACAGAUGAAUAAACACAAAGACCCAGAACAAUUACAAGGGGUUGCUGCCCUUUCCCUAAUAAAACAAAGCAACCCUUUCAGAGCAGAGAACGCAGAGCAGUCUAUUAUUCAGAGAUGCUAAAGACUGGCCUGUGCUACAAUGGCUAUUUCUAAGGUGAGAGACAGAGGUCAUGAGCCGUAUGAAGUGAAGACUGGUUGGUAGGUGUUGGUAAUGGCUCCUCUGCCCACUGGCUAUAUUAUAUUUGUUUACUGCACAAAACGUUUUGCUUGGUCUGAAUGAAUUGGAAAAAAACUGAUAAACAAUUGCUGAACAUUAGUACUGCCAAUAUCUUGCCUAUGCCAGCAAAAGGUGGUGAACAUGAGGCUCUUUAAAGUCUCCCUCAUUGUAUGAUAGGUGUUACUGUCAAUGAUGGAACACAUUAGAGAAGGUGUCAUUUGAAACUUUGAAUUGAUCAUAAUAACCCUUUCUUUACUGUGUAAAUGCUUUCUAUCACUGUUUCUCUCUUUCUCUCUCACUUCUUUUCUUUUCUAUCAAUCAAUACCUUGUUAGUACUUUAAUAACAAACAACUGUAAGGGAAAAAAGGCCUGGACUGAAUAGUAUUUGCAAAUUAUCCUCAGUUUGCUUUAGCCUGCUGGGCACACCUAGAAUCAGUGUGGUUUGGUUUGCAGCAUAGAGUGUACGAUAAAUCACAGAAGACUGAAAGAAUUUGGAAGUCAAAUGAGUACGCUUCUUUGUGAUUGGUUGAGUUGUUCUGUACUCCAAAUAAUGCAAACUAGCUUGCAAAUACUACAUGACCCAGGUCUGAAAAAGUACUUAACUUAGGAGGUCAUUUCAAGAGUUUGUAUAAAUAGUGAACCAUAAGCAUAAUUGUAAUGAAAAAACAACAUGUAAAUUCUACUGGGUAAACCACUAUUUUCAGGCAGUGGCUCUCUGUAUCUAAAAAAAAAAAAAAAAUGGUUGUAUUUUAACUGUUACUGGUCUGUGAAUCUAUGAUGCUUUUGCUCUGUAUAUUUGGAGAAUAAAAAUGAUGUUUGAGUUUGUG